AUGCCUACCUACACGGUGACCGUGGCCACCGGCAACCAGUGGUUUGCGGGCACUGAUGACUACAUCUACAUAACACUGAUGGGCACGGGGCAGUGCAGCGAGAGGACCCUCCUGGAUAAACCGAUGUACAACGACUUUGAGAGAGGAGCGGUUGACUCCUAUGAUGUGACCGUGGGUGAGGAUCUGGGCGAGAUCGUGCUGGUGAAGAUUGAAAAGAACAAGUACUGGGUGCAGGACGACUGGUACUGCAGGUACAUCACAGUCAAGACCCCAGGGGGCGAAUACCUGGAGUUCCCCUGCUUCCACUGGCUGGUGGACGAAAAGGAAGUGGUGCUCAGAGAUGGACGAGCACGUUUGUGUCAGAAUGAAAAGACGAUGAUUGCCAAGAAGCACCGACAGCAGGAACUGGACAUGCGGCGUAGGACGUACAAAUGGCAAGAGUGGCAACCAGGCUUUCCAAUGAGCAUAGAUGCAGACAAACACAAGGAUUUGCCCAGGGACAUCCAAUUUGACAGCGAGAAGGGAGUGGACUUUGUACUGAACUACAGUAAAGCCAUUGAGAACCUGUGUGUGAACCAGUUCAUGCACAUGUUCCAGUCCUCCUGGAGCGACUUCGCCGACUUUGAGAGGAUCUUUGUGAGGAUCAAGAACACCAUCUCAGAGUACGUCAUGGAGCAUUGGAAGGAGGACUUCAUGUUUGGCUACCAGUUCCUGAACGGGUGCAACCCAGUGGUGCUCCAAAAGUGCACCAAGCUCCCAGACAAGUUCCCUGUCACCCAUGAGAUGGUGGCUUUCUGCCUGGAGAGAGACCUUACCCUGGAAGAAGAAAUAGAGGCGGGGAACAUCUACAUCGCAGACUACGAGGUGCUGGAGGGCAUCACCCCCAACAGCACGGACCCCUGUACCAUGCAGUACCUGGCCGCGCCCAUCUGUCUGCUCUACAGGACGGUGGGGAGCAAGAUCCUCCCCCUGGCCAUACAGUUGAGUCAGGUGCCUGGCGAGAAUGCCCCCAUCUUCCUGCCCAGCGACAGUCAGGACGACUGGCUGAUCGCAAAGAUCUGGGUGCGCUCGGCCGACUUCCACGUGCAUCAGACCAUCACCCAUCUCCUGAGGACCCACCUGAUGUCCGAGAUGUUCGGAGUGGCCAUGUUCCGACACCUUCCCGCCGUCCACCCCGUCUACAAGCUGCUUGUGCCACACAUCCGCUACACCAUCGCCAUCAACACCAAGGCCCGGGAACAGCUCAUCUGCAAGUUCGGCAUCUUCGACAAGGCCAAUGGCACAGGUGGAGGUGGACACGUCCAGCUGAUUCAGAAAGCCAUGAAGACCCUCACCUUCAAGUCUCUGUGCUUCCCCGACUCCAUCAAGGCCCGCAAUAUGGAGAGCGUGGAAGAGCUGCCCACUUACUUCUUCAGGGAUGACGGCAACAAAGUAUGGGAUGCCACCAAGAGCUUCGUGUCAGAUGUGGUGAACAUUUACUACGCCAGCGAUGCGGUCGUACAGAAAGACGAGGAGAUCCAGGCCUUUGUCAAAGAUGUGUUCAACUUCGGCAUGCAGGCCUCUGAAUCCUGUGAGUUCCCCGAGUCCCUGAAGACCCAGGAGGAGCUGACUGAGUAUCUGACUGUGGUCAUCUUCACAGCCUCCUCCCAGCAUGCUGCUGUCAACUUUGGACAGUACGACUGGUGCUCCUGGAUCCCCAACGCCCCCUCCACCAUGCGCAAGCCCCCGCCCACCGAGAAGGGCGUGGCGGACGUCAAGCUGAUCAUAGAGAGCCUCCCCGACCGCGGGCGGUCCUGCUGGCACCUGGGGGCUGUGUGGGCCCUCAGCCAGUUCCAGGAGAACGAGCUGUACCUGGGCAUGUACCCUGACGAGCACUUCAUCGAGCAGCCAGUGAAGGAGGCCAUGAAAAAGUUCCGGAAGGUCCUGGCCGGGAUAAGCACGCUCAUAAAGCUGAGGAAUCAGGGGAAGAGGCUGCCAUACUACUACAUGUCACCAGAUAAGAUCCCAAACAGUGUUGCCGUGUGAAGGACCAGAAGGUUCUUCCAACAGUGGGACAGAAGACCAUGUUUCCAUUUUUAUUUUAUUUUUUACAUAUUAACGGUCUUUGGUAGAAAUAAUUUGAGAAUUUCUUUGCUGCCAAAUUUGCUACUGUAGAAUUAAUUUAAAGGUGCUGUUAUUCCGCUUUUCGUCUAUAAUAGUCUAUUCAAUCUUUUUUAAUAAACAAUUGUUCGGCGAGUACCUUUGA